GGUCUUCACAGCCACCACAACUGCCGGUGGCUUUGAAUCUGCGCUUUCAGACCCAUUGACGGUGCAGUACGUGCCUCCAGGUACUUACACAAUGAAUGCUGCAGUCAGUGGACGGACAUCAACGGAGGUGUCUAUCACAGGCAGUACGCCGUCGCAAAUGAAUCGCUUCUUGACGUACACUGUCAUGGACGGGAGCAAUCAACCCAUCACCGGUACUGCUGCAUCAGACGGGUCGGGCCAAUUUGCCUUUUCGUUUACAAGCACAAGCGCAGGCUCUGUACGGAUCGACGGAUUUGACAUUGCUGGUAACCCCAUGCAGACUUCAGUGGUCUACAGUGCUUUCGUUGCACCUUCUACCACAAGCUCUUCGUCAGCACCGCCAUUGACGAGUGCGCCCCUCAGCCUUGUUAACUCGUCGACCAGUACUCAAAUGACUAAUCAAACCACGGCUCAAACACUAUCUCGACCCUCGACAGUGCUAAACAUCACUGCAACAGCGGUCCCAUUCAUGAGCUCUGCCUCUCAACCGGGCAUCGGAAGCAUUGCACCCAUCCCCGCCUCACCUACGACCGUCACAAGUACUGUAACAACGACGGUGCAUGGUCCAACGCAGACUGUCGUGGCCCUUCGACUUUUCGUCAAUGGCCUCCCGAUCCUGGACGCUGAAGACAAGAGUCUCACAGCAGGCAGUGGACGGGUCACUGUGAUUGUGUCGAUUGGCAAGGUAUUGAUUGCUGUUUCCGUCGAUAGUGUUGGACCUGCCAUUGCUGCCAUCAUCUCUGGAGGACCUUCUCUGGAUGGACUGGCACCUACUAUCGUCUCACUCAUCGUGGUCAUGAUUCCUGCCAUCAGUGUGUCCAGUAGCUCCAAUGUUACCACCACGACAACCGUGCAAGGCUUUAUGACUGUCGUCACUGGUAUUGCUGGAGUGGCCCCUGGUGUCGACACUAUUCCAGCUACUACUGUUGUUACCACACAGACAGUCCUUGUCACUUCACUCGGCUCAUCUGUGCCGACCGUCUUGCCAGUUGUGGGUAUCGCUGGAGGCAUAGGCGCUGUUGCCCCAGAUUCUCAAGAUUCUGGUACCUAUGUUGCAGCUGGCCCCGUUUUGACAAGUGUCGUGUCCAGGCCAAGCCCAAGUUCUGCGACACCAACAACAAGUGAGCCAGCUAAGACGACAAUUGCUGUGCCAGCAUCUCUUGGAGGCGCCGAGCGAUGCUCAUCUGCCAUGUUUGCAGGUAUUUUAGCUUUGGCGUCCUUGCUGCUUAUCUACAAGUAGAAGCCAUAGCGGAGGAUCAUAUGAGUGUAACAUAUCAGCUCAGAACUCUGCCCAUCUGAAGUCUGUAGCUCUGCACGUGCUUUGCGGCCUAAUCUCGCUCGGCUAAAGUCUGAUCUUGGCUCAUUGCUCAUUGUU